UAUAAACUUAGAUUCAAAAUUCGUUCGUUUACUUUGACAAACUGUUUUACAGUCUAUUCAACUUGGAAUUUUUAACGACUUACGAAUUAUCAAUUAUUAUUCAAGCCAUGGAUCAUGUCAAGAAAUUCUUAUGUACGAUCAAGCCGACCAAGGGCCAACAGGAGAUGGCCAAAGCUUUCAUACCCUCGGCUGGCUAUUUUGGCAUGGCCGGCGUUUUGGCUCUGAUCUACUUCACCGACUGGCGUCUGAUUACGAACUAUAUCCCACUCUAUAACACAAAGUACCCAAAGCCUGAGACUAAAUAGAUGUAUUACCUCUCCUUCGUAGUAUUCUAUAUUUGGAUCUCAGACUUUACCCAAACUGUGCCACAUUAUCGACACUAUUUUUAUAUGUUUUCUUACAUUUUUGGUAAGGUCUUUCAACUAGUUAAAUAAACAUCAUAAAUUUAAAAA